AUGUUUUUUGUUUUGAUCAUAUUAAAUGCCGUACACGGUUUCAAAGUGCCUGGUAAUUGUGGUAUUGGACACUUUUAUGAACCAAGCUUGAUGGAUUGCCUGGCUUGUCCCGCUAAUGCAUCUCUGGUCACGUCAACCGAUGGGUUUGGGUGUUCCUGUUCGGAGCAUAGCGUUCCGAGCGGCAUAUCAAAAUGCAAACCAUGUAAUAUAACAGAAAUUGUCUCAAGCGAUGGGAAUUCUUGUGUUUCUCGUAGAUGCCAGAGUUCUGCCGGCCGUAUUGUUUGUAGGAAAUGUCCUAAUGAUUACAUUUCGGUGACUCAAAAUUUUGACGGAUCUCCCAUGAAGGAGGUUCAAUGUGUAAAAUGUGCCCGCCGUUAUAAAGCUGUAAACAAUCGUUGCGUUUGGUGUGAAGCGUGUUCUUGUAAGAAAUAUGAAAUAGUAGUUAAAGGAAAUUGUAUACCAAGGAAAUACGUUCUAGACAGACCUAAGUACUCGGAAAACAUAUUACAUCCAGACGAAGUUUUAGAAUUUAUAAAAUUGGAAUAUUUAUGUACUAAACAAGACUACCGUGCGUGUCGUAGUUUAGCGAGCGUCUGUGUCCGCAAUCAUUAUACUUACCAUCCAGCCGGUCCCUGUAGACUCUGGAUACAAAGUAAUUUGACCAGCUUUAAAGGUUUGCCAUUACUUACUACUGACGACUUCAAAAACAAUAAGGCAGAUUUAGCGUUGCCUCUUUCUAUGAAAACUUUAGACUUAACUCUGGCAACACAUACAUCCGGCGGAGGAUUUAAAAUUUUUCAGAACACUAACAAACUUUUUCAAAAAUGUUUACCCUCUAUGAAAAUUAAAAUAGGCGCUUAUUUUAGACGUGAAUGUGUAAGAAAUGUAUCAGAAGUGUUUUCCACGGACUAUGGUGAUAUUUUUGAGAUUUAUGUACAAUAUAAAGAAACACUUAAAUCCCUUCCAAUAGUCAUACGGAAGCCUAGCGGCUAUUACGUCGAUAGAAGGUCGUGGUCUUCUAAUAAGUUUAGAAAGUUUUUUUUAAUAAACAAAUUUCUUUCCACUACAACGAAUACAACGAGCACGGUGUACUUAAGAAAUAUACUUUUAAGUGUGAGAAUUGAUCGCGAUGUCUAUAGUGAAGGUGCUUUAAAAGUUCAGUUACUUCUAGAGAUUCAAUAUGCUUUAAAACAUCCAUCAUCCGAUACUAUCACAACAUCGAUGAUAGUGGAACAUCAAAUGCCUGACGCCGGGGUGACAACUAACUUGGAAAUAUCAGGAGCUGUGUUAUCAUCGAUCUUUGUGGUUUAUAGUUUAGUUCAAUGGCGAGGGGCCACGCGUCGUGGGGCAAAACACUUCAUAAUAGUGCCUUUAUUUUGUGGUUAUGUGGCCGAUGCUCUUUAUAUUGCAACGUUUAUUUCAUCUCUUCACGCUUUAUGCUCGGAAGCUGGGACUCUCAGUGUAACUCUCCCGCUCUCAAAAGAUGAAGAACAUCUGAUUAGAUCAAUGAUAUAUGCUGUUCUUAGUAUGAAGUUUCUUAAAGUUUUGUGGAUACAUUGGAAUCAGUGUCGUUGCGAAGUUAUAUUCAUAGAUUGGUCGCAAUACAAUCCAUUAGUACGAGCGCCAUCUAUUAAAGAGAAUUAUUGGAAAAUAGACUUGUUGGUUUCCGAACUGAUGAGUAUGCAGACGAAACGUCGAGUACCUCCCAGUUAUACAGUCACUAUUACAGUACUUGCUUUAUAUCUCCUGAACCAAUAUGAAUCUUACCCGUCAAACAGUCAAGGUUAUAAAUGGGUAAUGGCAACAUUGGUUUGGUGGAUCUUCUACUGUUGUGUCUCAUUGGUAUUUAUAUUAAAAGAAAAGUUUUUUACGCCGAACACAACUAGGUUGGGCAAGCUGUGCAUAAAUUUAGAAAUAUCACUGCUGGUGUUCCAAUAUGAAUAUUAUGCACAUUAUGUGAAUGGGCGUAAUGAUGAUUUGGAAAUGAGGUCAAUAUCGCAUACCCUGCCACAUUGUCGUCUUAUUUGUUCACCACACUUGAGGAACGCUUUCGUUAAACUGAAAAACUCCAGUGACUACAUUGACGGCCUCGCCAAUCAGACUGUUUUAUCUCAAUUCCUUGGAGCAUUUUUUGAAAGGGCCUUAGAUGGUCUCAGCUGGGUUGCUAAUGAGAGGACGGUUUUAGAACGUUUGUUGGACAUUGAACUCACAGAGCGUGAAGGCGGAAAUACUAGUAUUUUGCUUUACGACAAUAACGUAUCAAUACCGUCACUAUUUUCUACCACUUGGAUGGGUGAAGAAUGGAAUCUGGCAACAUUUGACGCUAUGGUAUUCGGUUGCAUUUUAAUAGCAUCAGAGCAAUAUCUUUUAGCUGCUUUACUGACUGCUGUCGUUUGGAGGAUAAAGAAAUGUAUGAGAAUGUUCUUUAGUUAUUGGACUUAUAAAGGAUAUUUUUACUAAGCCCCAAGUGGAAGAACCAUGAAAAUUAUUUCUGCCUAUUUUUUAUAUAACUGCUUAUUUUCGAGUGUUUUAAGUUCAAAAGAAGACUAUAAGGAAAACGUAGAUCUAAAAAAAGAUCACUCGGAUGUUAGUGGUCAAGACAUAAACGAUUCUCUAAUUUUAAGACCAAUUAUUUUAAAAACAUCUCUACCGCCACGACCAGAGACGUAUGGUCCUCUCUUUAAUUUUCUUAUAAAGGUAUGUGACGUCAUAUUAGAAGACUUCUCGGACUCUAGAAUUCCGAAUUUUAUGGAAAUAAUUGCAAAGAGUCUAAAAGGUUUUGGAUCGGGCUUUCUUAUGAAAAUGAUGAUUAGAAGAUUUGCCAAGGGUCUUCAUAUUUUAUCGGCUUAUAACGGUAAAAUUAUAAAGACAAAAGUUAAAAACUUUAAAAACAUUGUAUCAGAAAAUAAACCAAAGAGAAAAGAGUUAUUUAAAGCAUUGAACUCUCUUUAUAACGUAAGACAGGAUAUAAAAAUGGAUGUGUACAUUUAUAGAUUAAAAAAAUAUGGACGCAAAAUAAAACGUCAUAUCGGUAAACCGACGAGGGAUGUUUUUGAUAUGAUUUUCUAUACCAUUAGUAAAUUAAGUGAUGAUGUAAAAAAAGAUAUUCUAUUGAAAUUCAAUGAUGCUAUUACAGAAUAUAUUAAUAAAACAAAGCAUUAAUUGUUUUAAAUGUGAAGGAAAUCUGUUUACGACAAAUUUGUUUAUUAAAUGAACGGAAACAUUUGCCUUGUUCUCAUUUUGUAUUUCUUUUCCUCUAGCUAUUAAUUUUAUUUUAAAUUUUAUCUGGAAUAAAGAAGUCGUAUCAAUGUAAGAAAAUAAAGUUAUAACUAAUGAGUCUUACUCCAACAUAAUAUUUCGUCAAAAAUUAAGUGUAAUUAAUAUGUGUGUUAUCAAGGCCUUUUAAAUAAACUAUUAAAUAGUGAAACAUUAAAAUUACAUUUCAUACCGUGAAAUUUACUUUUAGUUUUUCUGCUGUUAUCAAUGUUGCCACAGUGAAAAUGUUUUUUGUAUUAAGUGUCUGUAUAAUAUUUUUAGUAAACCUAGACAUCGGUUGUUCGUUAAGUAUUUCGGGUCUUACAAAUGUAAAUAAACCCAACGAGCCAUUGUUGUUACUUUCUUUUAUGGAAAAGAAAUCUAAUGUAAGAUCGGAAGGUAUUUUCGAAAAUUUUAUACGUAGCCUUCUAGAUUUGCUCACUACAACAUUUCCUGAGAAAAGGUUAUCAAAGUUUUGUAGAACGCUAUAUAAAUACCUAAGUAAAGUAGAGAACAAAUAUGCUAGAAGGUUUGCACGACAUAUUCGGUUUAUUAGUAAAAUGUAUAGAGAAGAUUUAAAAAACGAAUUCCUUUUUUAUCGAGAUGAAUUUAACAAGCCAAAAGAACACAAGACAGCCUUCAUUAAGGCCAUGGAUGCAAUAUUUACUCUAAAAGAACACAUUUUAUUUCAAGAUUAUAUUUCCGAUUUAAAAGAUUAUGGUACAGACGAUAAACUAUUUAUUGACAGUGAAACGGACAAGGUCAUAAAUUAUGUUAUCAUGGGUAGGAUAUCGAAGACAAGUGCCAGAGAUCGGGAUAAAUUAGAAAAAAUGUUGAGAUCAGCUAUUGAGGAAUAUACACGAGAUAACGACAAAAGAAAAUAACAUUUUAUAUUUUUAUUUUUGUUGGCUUUUUUUAUUGACAUUAUUAAUUAAAGAUGUUAUCACAUUUUAUUUUAUUUUAAA